AUGGAUGAUCUGGAGUCCCUCGAACUGCUGUCCCUCGUGUCGAAAGUCACGUCGGAAUUGCAGAACCAUCUCGGCGUUAACGAGAAGACGCUUGCCGAGUUCGUCAUCGCACAACGCGUAGAAUGCGCGUCGUUCUCGGAGUUCAAGGCCAAAUUGGCCGCGUUUGGCGCCGAAUUCCCGCCCAGCUUGGUGGAGAGUAUCGACCGCCUUGUUCAAACGAUGCACCCCAAGGUCAAAGGGCAAAAAAGCACAGCGGAUUACGAUGGCGAUGGGAAACAGGGACGGUCAACGGGGGAGCAGACCAAGACUUUCAAGGGGUUAUCGAUUCCGGACAAAGAAGUCGAGGCUAUGGAUGACACAUUUGCAUUACUAGAGAGCUUAGAGCCAAAACGACCAGAAAGAGAACGACCUGAACGAGAACGCCCACGAAAACGGAGCCGAACACCAGACGAGUACCGGGACGAUUCGAGGCGGAAGCGCAAGGACAGGUAUCGAUCGAGGUCAAGAUCGAGGUCACGAUCCCCGGGACGAGGCCGAAGGCGACACGAACGUUACGACGAUGACCGCGAUUUCCGCCGCCCACAACCCCAAGAGCUUGAUGAUGCACCUGAACUUCACAAGGUCUACGGUGGGCAUGUCACGGGGGUUAAAGAUUUUGGCGCAUUUGUGAACAUACAUGGCGUGAAAGGGAAGAUCGAUGGUCUAGUCCAUAUCUCGGCGUUCGGCCAACGCGUCGACCAUCCCUCUGACGUCGUUUCGAGAGGUCAGGAGGUCAAGGUGAAAGUCGUCAAGAUCGAAGGCAACAGGAUAGGGCUGUCGAUGAAGGAUGUCGACCAACAAACGGGCAUGGACCUCGCGCCACAGAUGAAAAUGGGCUCUGGUGCGAAUAUGGAGGCUUUGGGCGGCCGUGGGCAGGCUCCUCCGGUCAUGGGAACCGGGGCGAACGGUUCGUUUCAGGCUUCCGCAGCUGCCCGGGCCCAGAAGAAGCGGAUGACGUCUCCAGAACGAUGGGAAAUCCGGCAGAUGAUUGCAGCAGGGAUCGUCAAGGCCUCCGAUUAUCCCGACUUGGAGGAGGACUAUAAUGCGACGCUAAAGGGAGAAGGUCAGCUGGAGCUGGAGGAGGACAUCGAUAUCGAGAUUCGAGAUGAGGAGCCCCCAUUCCUGGCGGGGCAGACGAAGCAGUCACUCGAGUUAUCACCAAUUCGAGUCGUCAAGGCCCCCGACGGGUCACUCAACAGGGCCGCGAUGGCGGGGGCGAGUUUGGCGAAGGAAAGGAAGGAGUUACGGCAACAAGAAAAUGAGUCGAAAGAGGAAAAGGCCAAGGUUGACUUGUCGUCACAAUGGCAGGACCCCAUGGCAAACCCUGACGCUCGUCAAUUCGCGAGCGAUUUGAGGAAGCGACCACAAGCAGCACAAUCGGCUCCGGAUGGCGUGCCGGAAUGGAAGAAGGUCAUUGCCAAGGACCAGCAGUCUCUCGGGAAACGGACAAGCAUGUCCAUCAAGGAACAGCGCGAGUCCUUGCCCGUGUACGCUUUCCGGCAACAGCUUAUUCAAGCCGUCAAGGAGAAUCAGAUCAUGAUUGUUGUGGGCGAAACAGGGUCAGGGAAGACGACACAGCUCACGCAAUAUCUCGCCGAAGCUGGGUUCACCAACAACGGCAUGAUUGGUUGCACACAACCCCGACGUGUGGCCGCUGUCUCGGUCGCCAAACGUGUGUCUGAGGAGGUGGGUUGCCAACUAGGACAAGAGGUUGGGUACACGAUCCGGUUCGAAGACGUAACGAGUCCAGCAACCCAGAUCAAGUACAUGACGGACGGCAUGUUACAACGUGAGAUUCUGAUUGACCCAGACCUGAAAAGGUACUCGGUCAUCAUGCUGGACGAAGCCCACGAGCGGACGAUCGCGACGGAUGUUCUCUUUGCGCUCUUGAAGAAGACGAUCAAGAAACGCGACGACUUGAAGAUUAUCGUCACCAGUGCUACGCUGGAUGCGGACAAGUUCAGCGAGUACUUCAACUCAUGCCCGAUUUUCACGAUUCCCGGCCGGACGUUCCCGGUUGAAAUCCUCUACUCGCGAGAGCCAGAAUCGGAUUACCUAGAUGCUGCACUAACAACGGUGAUGCAAAUUCACCUAAGCGAACCGAUGGGUGAUAUCCUGGUCUUCUUGACUGGGCAAGAAGAAAUUGAUACGGCUUGCGAGAUCUUGUUCGAGCGGAUGAAAGCGUUAGGACCGGGUGUUCCAGAACUCAUCAUACUGCCCGUUUACUCUGCACUCCCGAGCGAAAUGCAGAGCAAGAUUUUCGAGCCGGCAGCACCAGGCAGCCGCAAAGUCGUGGUGGCCACCAAUAUUGCCGAGACCUCGAUUACGAUCGAUUUCAUUUACUAUGUCGUCGACCCAGGGUUCGUUAAGCAGAAUGCUUACGAUCCGAAACUGGGGAUGGAUUCGCUGGUCAUCACUCCUAUUUCCCAGGCGCAGGCGAACCAGAGGGCAGGUCGUGCCGGUCGUACAGGGCCAGGGAAGUGCUUCCGCCUUUACACCGAGGCUGCUUUCCAGUCAGAGAUGUUACCGACAACGAUCCCUGAGAUCCAGCGGCAAAAUCUGUCGAACACAAUCUUGAUGCUUAAGGCUAUGGGCAUCAACGACUUGUUGCGGUUCGACUUUAUGGAUCCACCUCCUGUAAAUACCAUGUUGACGGCACUGGAAGAGCUUUAUGCUUUAGGCGCUCUGGAUGACGAAGGACUACUAACCCGCCAGGGGAGAAAGAUGGCCGAUUUCCCGAUGGAGCCGUCGCUGUCUAAGGUGCUUAUUGCGUCUGUCGACAGGGGCUGCUCCGACGAGAUGGUGACAAUCGUUUCCAUGCUCAACCUUCCCCAGGUCUUCUACCGGCCCAAGGAGAAGCAGAGCCAGGCCGACCAAAAGAAGGCAAAGUUUCACGACCCCUCAGGUGAUCACCUCACCAUUCUGAACGUCUACCAAUCAUGGAAAAACAACGGCUACGCCAACGCAUGGUGUUUCGAGAACUUCAUCCAAGCGCGGUCGAUGCGCCGCGCCAAAGACGUGCGCGACCAAAUCGUCAAGAUCAUGGAGCGCCACAAACACCCCAUCAUCAGCUGCGGCCGUGAAACAGACAGAAUCCGACAAUCUCUGUGCACCGGCUUCUUCCGCAACGCCGCGCGCAAGGACCCGCAGGAAGGGUACAAGACCCUGACGGAGGGAACCCCCGUGUACCUGCACCCAAGCUCGGCGCUCUUCGGCAAGCAGGCCGAGUGGGUGGUGUACCACGAACUGGUGCUCACCACGCGCGAGUACAUGCACUUCACCACGACGAUUGAGCCGAAAUGGCUGGUCGAUGCGGCGCCGACUUUCUUCAAGAUUGCGCCGACUGACCGGUUGAGCAAGAGGAAGGCGGCGGAGCGCAUCCAGCCGCUGUAUAACAAGUAUGCUACGGAGGACGACUGGCGGUUAAGCGCGCAGCGCAGGGGUGGGAGAACGGGUGGUGGCGGUGGGACGUGGGGUUGA